AUGGAGGCUGCUGACGAGGCCCUUUCAGACGACAAAGAGUUAAAGACGGUCUCACCUGACUUCACUAUCUCGGAUUCUAACGAAGGUCGCGUCGAAGAAGAAGUUCUCGAAUACACUCAUGAGAUUCCACCUCCAGAUGAAGGUUUCCUCCAAGUUUGUCUUGCAAUUGAUCCUAACAUGUCCGAAACAUUACGCGAUGCCGUUUGGACUCAGCUCUAUACGAUGAGUGAGAAGGUAGAUCUUGAUGAUGAAACGAUUGCAUAUGUCGCGUGCGCUUUCUAUUGUAUAAUGCUGGAGAUGGAAAAAUUCCACCAGCGGCCCUUUCCCUAUUCGAUGCUUACAAUUCUCAAGAUAUGCAGCGUAAGCGUUAUGGAGUUCUUCGACAAACUAAGUCGCUGGAUCGACAUUGCCACCUCGUCGAAAAGGAUACAAGAGCAUUCACUGAAGAUCCAGUCCUCGCUAGCUGUGUCGGUUGUGAUCUUCAAGAAACUUCUACCGAUCUUCCGCACUCUCUUCCAAUAUGUUCCAUCAGGGUCCACCCAGUCGUUCGAUUCAAACAGUUUAUUUACACUUGUUUGGCUAAUCAUUGUUAUUAUGAAAAAAUCAUUAUCAACCGAAGAUCUUUUGACUUGUUUCCAUAUGAUGCUAUGCGUUGUGGAAUUGGUCUACAAAGAUCUUUGUUUUCACGAGUGUGAUGAGCACAUCGAUCAGGAAUCCGUUAACCACAUGAUGGAAGACAAGGAUGGAGUGCGAGUUCUCGAGGUGUUAUGUCGGUCUUUCGAUGGAGUUUUGCUUGACGCUAAACAUCUACGCACACAUUGGUUUAAUACGAAACGAGAAAAUAUCCUGCCGAAUCUGAACUAUAAGGAUCUCGAUAUCCCAGCUAAUUAUGAACAUUACCUUGAUUAUCUUAACGAGGUCUACAACAAUACGAUGCUCCGAAAAGGUGAACUGGACGAACGAAUGUUCAUUCCGCCUGACAUUGCUACUGUUUUCGACCCGGCAUCCGACUUUUCUGCGGUAGAACUGCUUCGGCGUGGAUCCAGUGACAGUAGGUUCGCUGAUGCGGAACUUCUUCUGACGAUGUCUACCCAGAACUGUCUCGAGAAACUCGCUGAUGUCAAGCGACCUCCAUCCAGGAGUGAUGCGAAAAGCUACAUCAUUUCUUCCCAGCAAUUACGACCACUUUGCCCGAUGACACAGACUGAUAGAGCUGCCACUCCUGCUCAAAAGUUGAAUCCACUGGUACCGAGCGACUUUAAGUUGGAGGGUUCCUCUCUGCAAAGAUGUUGUCUACAAAUGAGAGAUAACCCUGUGUCAUUGAUAACUUUGAGUGCUGACAUGAUGGGAGAACGGUUUGUUGAACGAGUGACAGCAGAAUGUGGUGAUCGUGAUGAACCUUUCGAUCCCGUAAUCUCAUUAGCACCAGAAGAACAUCGAGAAGCGAUGACUACUCUGUUUUUCGUUCUAGUGGAGAGAAUCGUCUUGGAAGAGAGGAAACGGAAUCCUGAGCGCGAUCUUGAGGGUUUAUUGCGGAAGGAAGAGUUUCUUUCGGCAGUCUUUUGUUGCGCUAUGGAACUUGUAUUAUUUGUCCAAGAAAGCGAACGAGUUUUUCCCUGGUGUUUAGAGUAA